AUGAAAAUAUUGAUAUUUUUUUCAUUGUUCCUCUUGGUUUCUUCAAAACCAUUUGCACAACAAGAAGCUCAGAAGUUUAUAAUCUCAUUAAUGAAACAUCGAAUGUUGCGAGAUCCAGAAAUUCUUUACCAAGAUUUUGAAUUCCAUUUACCAAAUGGCACAAUUGUACAUCGAGGUUAUUUUUUUAUUUAGUUCUUUUAACAUGAGCAAUGUCAAUCUCGUAUUCAGAUGAAAGUUCACGAAUCAUAAGCCAAUUGGAUGAAAAUGAAGUUAAAAAAAAGGAAAAUCCUUAUAAAAAAUUUGUGAACCUCUCCGAAGAAGAUUGGGAUGUUUUAUACUGGCCAAUUCAUAAUGCAAAUAUCACAUUAGAUGGGAUUUUGGAAAUCGAAGAAUAUGAGAACAACACAUUAACAAAAACAUGGUUCGCAAAAAAAGAUGAAAAAAUAGGAGAAGGAUAUAAAUUGUAUCGCUACUUUAAAUUAUAG